UAUUGUUCUUCCUCCCGGAUGCGACUCGAGUUAGAGCAGUCUUCACUACACACGGACGGGCAGAGAAGCCGAAGCCCGAAGGGAAGACGAUCUAUCGAUCCAUCGCUAAAAUGGCUCAGGCAGCGAAACCUAUUUCGAGCCCGAUCCCCGUGGCGUGGUACCCAACCCUAUCCGUUUUCAUGCUAGCGAUCGGCCUCGUUCUCACUGCGUCUUUCUUUAUCUACGAAGCAACCACCUCCAGGAAAAACCGCAAGCUGGCAAAGGAGCUGACAACAGGGGCUGUUGCAUCAGUUUUUCUGGGUUUUGGUUCCUUGUUCCUGCUUCUUGCUUGUGGUGUUUAUGUUUGAUUUCUCGUCACAUGGACAAGUUCAAGUUGACAGCGGGAGGAAUCUUACUUUGUAGGAGGGCUGGUUAUUAAGUGUUUCUAUUCUUGAUCCCAGGGUAACGUAACCUUUGUUAGUAUCACAUUUUUAGUUUGGAACAUUAUUUAGCGUCACAUUGCAGGUCGGUUUUCUUGUUGGGCGGCAUAUAUGGACAUGAAUGGCUAGUCCAAUUUUGGAAUGUGACUGAAAUUUGAAAUUUUGAUUCUCUCUCGCACUCUCUCUAAACCUGCCCUGCCCUUGUGCGUCUGGCCAGUAAGAUUAUUUAGGAUAAUUUUGCUGUCAA